AUGUUUGUUAAAAAUCGAAUUCUAUCUAUCUAUCUAUCUAUCUAUCUAUGGACAUUUCUGUUAAAAUCUAUCUAUCUAUCUAUCUAUCUAUCUAUCUAUCGAUGUUCUAAGCACAUACUAUGCAAUCAUGGAAACUUUUAUGGAGUUCACAAUUUAGUCGUUGCACGUUGUCGGAACGCACAAAUAUUCCUCUCAUUAUCUAUCUAUCUAUCUAUCUAUCUAUCUAUCUAUCUAUCUAUCUAUCUAAGUCUUUAUGUAUACUUAUGUCUAUUCACAUCUAUCUAUCUAUCUAUCUAUCUAUCUAUCUAUCUAUCUAUCACAUAUAUUCCUCUCAUUAUCUAUCUAUCUAUCUAUCUAUCUAUCUAUCUAUCUAUCUAUCUAUCUAAGUCUGUAUGUCAAUUGAUGUUUAUUCACAUCGAUCUAUCUAUCUACCAAUCUAUCUAUGUCCACAUUUUUCUAUCUUCCUUACCUUUUAUCUAUGUCUGUUCACCUAUAUCUAUGUAUGACUAUUCACAUCUAUCUAUCUAUCUAUUUUUUCUACAUAUGAAUAAUCUAUCUAUCUAUCUAUCUAUCUAUCUAUCUAUCUAUCAUCUAUCUCAUUAUAUAAUCGUCUUUUCAUACACCUCUUUUCCUUCAUAA